AUGAACCUCUCUGAAGCUCGAGACUUUCUCCGCAAAGAAUCUCUCGAUAUAUUCAACCGCCUCCAUUCGAUAGAUCACGACGUGCGGUUCGUGCAACAGGUACAUGAUAGGUAUCAUGACGUACCUCUGGUUCCAAAUCUCAGAUGCGGAGCUUGGUACGCGGAUCCUCGGAGAGCGAGCAUCGUGCCAGCGUACUUCAAAUCGACGGAUGGACACACCAACAAUUGGAAUUUCAACUUGAGGAGGCCUAAUUUGCAUCUCCUGCCACUUAUUCAGGAACAUACUGGGAUAAUUGUUGUGGAUUCCACUCGAUCAGGAAAGCGUAUGCCAGACGCGUUGUCCAAGACCGUGCCUAUCUGGUGUGCAGUGAUCAAUAGGGCCCUUCUUCCUUCGCAAUCCGGUAAGCAGAACGAUAACUGGGACACGAACCUAUACACGCCCCCGGGCGUCGUCAGCCCUUCCGAACAUAGCCACAUCGAGGCGUUACUCGACGGAUGGGCAGAAUCUCUACGGGCCUCGUCAUACGAGCUGCACAAGCUUAGGCUCCCCCUGCGGCCCAUCUGGAUCACACCAUCGACCUCUGUUUUCCCUGAUAUCGCUAUUGGAGAAGGCGCGCCGUUUUCCCCGGUCAUCUGCGUCUCGGCUUCCCAGUAUGUAAUUGACGGCGUAGAACGACGCGGGCUAGGAUUUUCCUAUGUUCAGGGAUCCGGGGACGACCACGAACUUUGGGGACAAGGUCUUACUCCCAGCAUGUUCUGGGCACAUAAGGAGGAUAUUCUAUCCAAAGCGCGUUCGGAGCUUAAUGAAGUCGUGCGAAAUAUCGUGAAGCGAUCGGCGCCAUACGGACCACAACGUACGAUGCGUUCCCCUACGCCUAUCGCCAGGGUCCAGGGUCGUAUACUCCUGUGUGCGCUCUCUGAUCUCCCAGAAGUACCCACGACGGAGUCUUCACCAAAAAGCGAAGAAUUGUGCUACGUGAUAAUCGACCGUCUUGACGCAUCCGACUUGAAGACGGAAGCUUCGACCCAAUGUCUCCGCAUCACAGCCCGCCCCGGGAAACCCGGACAAGCCGGAUUUCUGCGGAAAGUUCUACCGCAGUCGACCACGUUCGUCGGGGAAAAGCUACGAGCCGGACUUCGCAUCUGCAUAUGCUGUGAAAGCGGCCGAGACCUCAGCGUCGGCGUCGCUCUCGCGGCAAUCCAACUCUUUUUCGACGACAACGGCCAAUUGAUUACUGUCGGGCAGCAAUCUUGCUGCACCAAGAAGACCAUCAAAACACGAUUAGAAUGGAUUAUCGCCAGCCGAGCCGAAGCCAACCCCUCUCGUGCCACCCUUCAACGCGUGAACGAGUUUCUUCUAUCCCCUCCAUCUUUCUGGCAGUUUGAGAAGAUGGCAUCUCAUCCGGUCUAG